AUGACACAAAAACAAAGGACAACGCCGUUGUAUGAUCAACUUGAACAUGUUGAUGUUGUAAGAUCGCGAAUGAGCUUAGUUAACGAGGUUCAACAGGAUUUUAUUAAUUAUAUGAGUGACAUUAAGGACCCUUCUAUUGUGAAUUGGGAUGUUUAUCUUAACAGAUUUAGCAUAUUUCUUACAAAGCAUUUGAGGUUUUCGCAAACUUUUAUUGAAUCAAAUUUACGAAGAAUCGCAGUUUUUCCCAAAGAGGUUCCGCCACCAGAUCAAGAUGAAAAGAUUUCUUUUUUAUUACGAACGAAGCGUAUUCCUGAGAUUGAAGAAGAAGAGGAAAGUAUAAAACAUAAUGUUUCUAUCGAUGAAGAUUUAUAUCAGGAUGAAAAAGACGCUAUUGUUGAUAUGAAUGACGAAACAAAAUGGGAUAAAUUAUUAAAUGAAUGGAUGUUACGGUACAGUGAACAUGCAAAGGUUGCAUUGGCUGCUUCAGAAUUUUCCGAGAACGUAAUUGGAGAAAUCAAUGUAAAAUCAAGAAUAGAAGACAAUGAAACCGAUUCUAAUUUAACUACCGAAGAAACUGGAUCUCAGGGCGAUCUUACUUUGGAGAAGGUUCUUGCAUUUAUGUCAAGCGGGAUUCAGAAUAGUAAGUGA